AUGCCGCUCAUCGAGAAUACGUCUUCACACGAACUAGCCAGCAAGCACUGGCAGUCCUUCUUACAUGGCUUCAGGCCAUGUCACUUCCCCGGCCUCUCUGAUGGUCCUCCUGCCACCAAGGAUGACUUUCAGGAAACAACUAUCGAUCUCGAUGUGAAUAACCAGGGCAUCCAGGAAUUCUGCCACAGACACCAUGUCACAUCCGGCAGUCUCCUCCAAACAGCUUGGGCCAUCGUCAUCAAUUGCUACGCUGGUGUUGAGGACGUGUCCUUUGGAUAUUAUUCGACCGAGGAUGGAUUUUCUUCGUCGCCUGAAAUAUCCAAUACUACCAUCAUCUGCCGAACGCAUAUUACUGCGGAAAGUCCACUGGGCCAAACUAUGGUAGAGAUGAAGAGAAACUCCGACAACGCAUGGGCCCAUCGGGGCUACUACUCCAUUUCAGAUAUCCAGAAACUUAUAGGUCUCGAAGACCAACCGCUUUUCAACGCAGCCCUUAACGUCCAGCGUGAAGGAAAGCAGCUUAAAGGCGUGAAGAAAUACGAUAUCUUAGCCCGAGUAUUGAUCAACGAUGGUGCUUCCAUCUCCGUAUCACUCCGUACACGCACUUCCAAGUUCUCUGCCGAGCAGACAGCCGAUAUUGCCCAUACAUUCGGGAAAUCCAUAUGCGAAAGCCUUGGAGUUCACCCUGACUCCAUGGUAGGAGACUUGGAUAUCUUCAGCAAACGAGAUCACGAGAAGGUUAUGCAGUGGAACAAGCCUAUACAUCGCUCUGUCGAUAAUACUUUCCAUCAACACUUCGAAGAGGUCGCGAGGGAGAUGCCAGAUUCUCCGGCUAUUUGCUCGUGGGAUGGCAACUUUACCUAUCACGAACUUGAUAUCCUGUCAUCAAAGCUAGCCAACCACCUUGCUGAUUUGGGUGUUGUACAGGAGGCCCUUGUUCUUCUUUGCUUUGAUAAAUCUGCUUUCGCCAUUGUUUCCAUGUUAGGAAUAAUGAAGGCUGGCGGUGCCUUCGUCGCCAUUGAUCCUACAUAUCCAGCCAGCCGUAUCCAGGCUAUCCUCCAAGCAACCAAAGCAUCCAUAGUCGUGGCCGAGCCAGCGCACUGUCAUCUUUUCGAGGGUAUCAUGGAACACGUUGUGGCGAUUGAUUCCAAGUUAGCCGAAAAACUUCCACUAGCGCCAAAAGUGACACGAUCGCAGUCAGCUUUUUCAAAUACCGCAUACGUGGUUUUCACCUCUGGAAGUACCGGCUCUCCUAAGGGGGUUAUGGUCGAACACCGUGCUCUUUGCACUGCCGCUCUUGGCCUAGCCACUCCAAUGAGGAUCAAUUCAACUACAAGACACUUGAAUUUUGCAGCAUUUACUUUCGACCUCAGCUAUGGAGACAUUUUUGUUACUCUGUCUCAAGGAGCUUGUCUCUGUCUACCAUCCGAGCACGAGAGAGUAAAUGACCUAGCAGGCGCGAUGGUACGAAUGAACGUCAACUCUGCUUGUUUGAUACCAAGUGUGGCUCGUAUCUUCCAGCCGGAUGACGUUCCAGCCCUCAAAACACUGUCACUUGGUGGAGAAGCGCUUGUGAAAGAAAACCUUGAGCUAUGGGCUUCCAAGGUUGCUUUGAAUAAUAUGUAUGGUCCUUCUGAGUGCACAGUCUGGUGUUGUUCAAAUAUGAACUUGAAAACCGACAGUGCUGCUAAUAACAUCGGUCGUGGCGUUGGAGCUCUCCUAUGGAUCACAAGUCCAACCAACCAUGACCAUCUUUGUCCAGUUGGAUGUAUUGGUGAGCUACUUAUUGAAGGCCCGGUAAUGGCUAGGGGCUACAUAGAUCCAGAGCAGACCAAAAAAUCAUUUACCGAGAAUCCAAGAUGGGCAAAGGUGGCCCCUGGUCAGCGAAGACGGUUCUACAAAACUGGAGACUUGGUUAAAUACAACCAAGACGGAACUGUCAGCUUCAUUGGCCGCAAAGAUACCCAAGUCAAAUUCAACGGCCGGAGGAUUGAGACAGGGGAAAUCGAGUAUCAUUUGGCGUCGCACGAUUUGCCUAGACAAUCGAUAGUCAUAUUGCCCUCCGCUGGCGUAUAUGCUAAAAAGCUAGUGGCCGUUGUGGUUUUAAAAUCAAGCCCACUACUAAAGGAGUCAACAAGUGAACUGAGGGCCCUUACUGGGGCUGCGAAGGAAAAAUCCGCAUCGGAAGUGGCAAGGAUGAAGGAGUUCCUAUCAACGAGAGUUCCCUACUACAUGCUCCCUCAGUUUUGGGUUGUGGUGGAAGACAUUCCAUUGAUGAUCUCUGGGAAGAUGAACCGAGUACUAGCCAAGAGGUUUGUGGAGAGCCUGACGCAAGAAAGUCUCAAGGAGCAGGAAGCCAAUGGGACAACUACAAACCGAGGCCUAGAUGAUUCUAUGGAGCUCCGCCUACGAGAAAUUUGGAGCGAUAUCCUGAACAAAAACGUUACUGAUAUUGGAGCUGACCAAAGUUUUGGGAGCCUUGGUGGUGAUUCAUUCUCAGCUAUGGAAAUUGUUGCUCGUUGUAAAGCGGAGGAUCUUGCCCUCGCAGUGCAUGAUUUCCGGGACUACAGAACAAUCCGCCAGUUAGUUUCCAUUGUUAAAACGCGUUUGCCAGAGAUCACUACAAAUGGACGCGUCACCCAUGAUGCUUCUCGGGCUCCAGGCUACCCUACCAACGGUUGCGCAACACUACAAUUCCCUCCUGUUUGGUGGGACUUACACCCGGCACUUGCUAGUUGCUAA